AAUUGGUUUAGAAAAACUAGGUUAGUAGUGCGGCAGUCAUGACAGAGGGGAGAAAGUAGGUCACAGACUGAGUACCGUAUAUCCCAGUUUUUGAAACAGAGGGUUCUAUCAUUGAAUGGAGAUGGCCUAGCUGAUUUAUCUAAUGUAAAGCAAUUGCAAAUGGAUGGAAGGAAAUUCCAGAAGCUGGAAUGAACAUUUGUGAUUGUCUAAUGGCAGACCAAAGAAUGGACAUUACCUCUACAAUGAAUGAGUUCAUGUCCCCCAGCUCUAGCGACCUGAUCAGCAGCUCCGUCAACACCCCAGGCAUGGACUACACCCGCAAGAGAAAGUGCAGCACCUCCGACUACCAAAUUGAUGGAUUUGCUUUAGAGGAGUGUGGUGAUCACCAGGGCCGGAUAAAAAAUGCCAGGGAGGCACACAGUCAGAUUGAGAAGCGGCGCAGGGACAAGAUGAACAGCUUCAUAGACGAGCUGGCUGCACUAGUCCCUACCUGCAACGCUAUGUCCCACAAGCUGGACAAACUCACGGUCCUACGCAUGGCUGUCCAGCAUAUGAAGACAUUAAGAGGAGCAGCAAACCCUUACACAGAGGCGAACUACAAGCCGUCUUUCCUGACCGAGGAUGAACUGAAGCACUUAAUAUUGAGGGCUGCUGACGGCUUUCUGUUUGUUGUUGGAUGUGAUCGUGGGAAGAUCCUUUUUGUCUCGGAGUCAGUUUACAAGAUCCUCAACUAUUGCCAGAAUGACCUAAUUGGUCAGAGUCUGUUUGAUUACCUGCAUCCUAAAGACAUUGCCAAAGUCAAGGAUCAACUGUCGUCAUCGGAUACAGCACCUCGGGAGCGGCUCAUUGAUGCCAAAACCGGUCUACCAGUUAAGACAGAUAUCACCCCUGGGCCAUCUCGACUGUGGUCCGGGGCCAGACGCUCGUUCUUCUGCCGAAUGAAAUGUAACCGGCCCUAUGUCAAAACAGAGGACAAGGACUUCCCCUGCUCCAAAAAGAAAGCCGACCGCAAGAGCUUCUGCACGAUCCACAGUACUGGCUACCUGAAGAGCUGGCCGCCCACCAAGAUGGGCCUGGACGAUGACAACGAGCCCGACAAUGAGGGCUGUAACCUCAGCUGCCUGGUGGCCAUCGGCCGGCUGCAUCCCCACAUCGUCCCCCAGCCCUCCCACGAAGACAUCCGCGUCAAACCCACCGACUACGUCUCCCGCCACGCCAUCGAUGGGAAGUUUGUCUUUGUUGACCAGAGGGCCACAGCCAUUCUUGCAUACUUACCCCAGGAGCUUCUUGGCACCUCUUUCUACGAGUAUUUCCAUCAGGAUGAUAUUGGCCACCUGGCAGAAUGUCACAGACAAGUGCUGCAGAUGAGAGAAAAGAUCAACACAAACUGUUAUAAAUUCAAGAUUAAAGAUGGCUCCUUCAUCACUCUGCGAAGUCGCUGGUUCAGUUUCAUGAAUCCUUGGACCAAAGAGGUGGAGUACAUCGUCUCCACAAACACAGUGGUCUCGUGCAGUAUGCUGGAUGGUGCAGACUCCAGCUAUCCUCAGUCUGCCGUCUCUCCCACUGCCUCUAUGGAUGGUGUGCUGACGUCAGAAGGUGGAGGGAGACGGGCCCUUCAGACAGUGCCAGGCAUCCCCGGGGGAACACGUGCAGGUGCCGGUAAGAUCGGUCGCAUGAUCGCAGAGGAGGUGAUGGAGACUCAGAGGACCAGAGGCUCAACCCCCUCCACCUGUGGCUCCAGCCCCCUGAACAUCAGCACCCCUCCUCCAGACUGCUCUCCAGGGGGCAAGAGAAUUCAAAAUGGAACACCAGACCUUCCGUCGGCAGGGACGCUACCAGGAGGACCCGACACCGUUGGAUACCCAUACUCCAACCAGUCUAUUAUGAGUGACAACUCGCACCUCAGCAUUGACGAACCAGGCUCCAGUAAUGACGAGGCAGCCAUGGCUGUGAUCAUGAGUCUCCUGGAGGCUGAUGCAGGCCUCGGUGGCCCUGUAGACUUCAGUGACUUACCCUGGCCCUUGUGAGGACAGCCCCAGCAGGGCUGUUGGAAUCCUUGGCCUAAGGCCCAGAGAACCCUGAAUUGACCAUGCAGUCAUAUCAACAGGAACCAUGCUACUAUAGGGCUCAUUGGAGCGAAGAGCGGGACAGGACCCCUCAGUGUACCUGAUUGGCACUCUUCCAUUGACAUUCCCCACAGGAUGAUUCAGUUAGGAAAAUAUACAUUGAAAAUGCUACCAGGGAUGUCUUGUGUUUUGAUGCUUUUACACUACAAUGGUUGGAUAUCCCCAUUGACAAAUGUAAUGAAUACAUGGUAUCAGCAGUAAAAUAUUUUUUAAAUUGAA